AUGGAUCACUCAACUGAGCAACCCUUUAAGCGCAAACGCCUUUCUUUUGCCUGCAAUUAUUGUCGGCAAAAGAAAACACGCUGUGAUGAACAGCAGCCCUGUCGGACAUGUCGGUUGGCGGCGGUGGAGUGUAUCACUACCGACAAGCGACGCGAUGGUGUACCAGUUGCCCACCGGCGACGUACAGGCGCAACCCCUUUAACGUCCGUGCAGCAAACGCCAAAUACCCCGGACUCGCAUUCAUCGUCUGUCGCCCCCGCCCAGGAUCGCCCGCGAUUGUGGUCUCAAUGCUGGGGUCGGGAGCGCUGGAGAACGGGCCGCUUGCCAAUGAUGCCCCGCCUAACUGGAGCAAGUAUGCUCGAGUUGAUGACUGAAUGGCUGGACCUUGCAUUUUAUCGACUCAAAACCCCUAGACCAUCAUCUGUUUCCCCCGUGGUCAAUGUUCAAUUUGCGGCUUUCGCUCCAAGCGCGCCCGCCCUUCCUCCACCAGAGAAGACUCGUGGUUUUAUUGAUCUGUACUUCCAGACCCUUAACCAGUUUUUCCCAUUUAUGAACCGCGAUACUGUGGAAACUAUCUAUCAUCGCGAUCUACUGCACUCGCAAUGGGUGUCUCGAUGGCUCAGUCUGUUGGACUCAAUCAAACAACUAAGCCACAUCUUCGGCCAGAUAAAACUAGUGCCUCCGACAAUGAAGAACCAGGGUAUCGUACAUGGUGGUGCCUAUACGCCUUCGAAAAGAUACUUGCUUUUGAGAGCGGACGACCAUCCAUGA